AUGGUGACAUUAGAUGAACUGCUGGGUCUUGUGUACGUAUCAGUAUGGUCAGUAUCCAUGUAUCCACCAUUGUUAGUUAAUUACCGACAACGGUCAACAAAGGCUAUAUCUGUGGACUUCGCCAUUCUGAAUACGGCAGGGUACACGUACCUCAUGAUAUCUAUGGCUUUACAACUAUAUUUCUGGAUUGAGGUUGCAAAGGAUGUUGACAGACCCAAAGUUACGCAGUUUGAUAUGUGGUAUUGCGCUCAUGGAUUUCUGUUGAACCUCGUGCUACUAUCCCAAAUCGUGUUUGGACGUAAGUUAUGGAAUUUCUAUAGGGACAACAAGCUAAGAAGGAUGAAACAAGGCUACUACAGAAUCCUGUGGGUAUCAAUCGUGAUAUUUUUGCUAUUGACAGGCCAAUUCGUACUUAACAAUAUGCAACAAAAUUGGGAUAACUCUAGGACAUUGAAUUAUUGUAACAAUUUAUUUUUGUUGAAGAUCAGCAUGUCCUUAAUUAAAUACAUCCCUCAGGUAAAGCAUAACUAUGACAGAAGAUCUGUUAAAGGAUUUGCUAUUCAGGGUGUUAUUUUAGAUGUUACUGGUGGAGUGGCUUCAUUAUUGCAAUUACUGGUACAACUGUCCCGAGAUCAAGGGUUUUCACUAGCUACUUUUUUGACUAAUUUUGGAAAGAUAGGUAUUGCAUUGGUCACACUUAUCUUCAACUUUAUAUUCAUUUCCCAAUGGUUACUUUACAAAUAA